AUGGUAGAUGUGCGGUACGGAUGGUCACAAAUGACAAGCACCCGUCGCUGUCGGAGAAAGGACCAGGAUAUGGAGGUGGACAGCAAAACGAAGUUGAAAGAUAAGAGGAACUGUCAGAUCGUGAUCAGCUGUUACGAGGAAGUGAAACGUAAGCGACUCUUCAACUUCAGUCCUGGAGAAUACGACCCGAACACCCUGUCCCCUCGCGUGUGCACCACCCUGUGUGGAACGUUCACCAUGAUGUACGCAGCGACGGGCGCCCGAUUCUGCUUCUGCUCACACACCCUACCGGACACCUCCCAAAAGAGAACCCCGGACAAGUGCAGCACCCCGUGUCCCGGGGACCCGGAGACGCGAUGCGGAGGCCCUGAUAACCACGUCUCCGUGUACGACUCGUCCAAGCCGAUUGUAUCCAUCAGUCUGUGGGUGAUGCCGGCCAACUCCGUGGUGAGGUCAGGCGACGAGGUGACGUUCCACUACGUGGGCAAGGCCAGCGUCAAACUCGUGUACCAGCUCGAUUACGGCGAGGGUGCGGGUUUCUCCUCCCCCAACGCCACGGACGUGGACCGCCAUCGUUAUCGUCUACCGGGACGAUACAGAGUCCGAGUGCAGGCCAAAGACCAGGACAAGUGGGUCAUGCCCAAGGAAGCUGUGUGGGAGGUGCGCGUCAUCGAAGACAUUGACGACGUCACACUAGAGUGCCAGAACGGAUUUGCGACAUUCCAGGAGGGGGAGUGUCAUCUAACUAUCUACCGAGGAAGCGACCUCAUGGUAGCCGACACAGUCGAUAACUGGAGGCAAGAGAGACAUAUCGUAGAUCCCAUAGUGUAUUAUGCAGGACAGAACAUUCCCUCUAACGUGUCGCCGGCUACACCCGUGAAAGAUCAAACUGACGGCUCUGUGUUUAUCUUGUCUGACUCCGAGUUUAUCCAUGAUGGGAAGGUUUUAGGAUGGGAAAUGCACGUGAAGCAACCGGGGAAGAUUAAAUUGGCGAUUUUGAAACCAAACUGCAAUAAUUACUGCCACCUGAAAAACCUGUGCACGGACAAGUGUCAUUACAAAUGUGUGAGCACGGCGUUUGGAGUCAGCGUGCUCUGUUCACACAGUCGGUCCUGUAGCAUGAUGUGUUCCCGAACUCGUUACGGCAUGCUUGACGGCAGAUACGUCGUACGACAGACAGUGGUGGUUGAUGCAACGUCCACAGGUAGCACGUAUCUGAAGACCGACAGUCCCAUUCAAGUGUUUGCAGGAGACAUCCUCGCGUUGGUAUACAGCGACACUGGCGGCACAAUCUCACUACAGAAGGAACAGGAGAAGUCACCUGACGCCCUGACUAACGAGCUGACUUCGGGCAUCACAGCUGGGUCAGUGGUUAACAUGGACAAAGCCGAGGAGCUGGGCGGUAAGAGACAUCUGAUUCGCGCCGCCGUUGCCAAUCCUACCAAGGUCCGGCUCACCUACACGUUCAAGGACGCGGGCCACAAGGUGGUGACAGUGAACGUCAGUAGCCCAGUAGGAGCCAGGUCGAAAGUCGUGUCAAAGAGGAUUCUGGUGGUAGAGGGAAUCAACGAAACACGCAUUAGUAGCAAGAGGUUCGCAGCGACCGGGGAACAGGCAGUGUUCACCAUUCUUCCCCAUACAGAUAACGGUGAUUACUAUGGUAACAAUAAUUUAGAUGAUCAGUGUGAUUAUGAUGGUGGUGGUGAUAGUGAUGAGAUGGUGGGUUGUGGUGAUGUUGAUGACGGUGAUGAUUAUGUUGAUGAUUAUGAUGCUGAUAAUGCUGCUGCUGAUGAUGUUGAUGAUGUCGGUACAUCAGUGAAAUACAACUGGGAGUACGGUGAUGGUAUUAUCCAGAACGAGACAGAGUUAUCAGAGAUCAGUCACAGCUAUAAAACUAAAGGAAACUAUACUGUUCGCGUGACAUCCUGGAACAUCAAAAGCGACAAGACGAACACGACUCAAAUCAUCGUGCAGGAUCGACUGAAAGGUCUGACGAUUGCGGUGAAGACGAAAUCAGUCAUUGCUGGCAACGCAACCAUAAUCAACAUGAAGUUGGAAGAAGGCUCAGAUCACUUCUGCUUGUGGAAUUUCGGCGACGGCACUAAGAACAGAACGUCAGAAGUGGAUUCUCCUGUAGGUUCCACAGACCUGAGUCACGUGUUUAAGGAACGAGGGGUCUAUACCAUUAACGUGACCUGCCUGAACAGUGUCGGCAUAGUCACUGCCAGUGUCUCUCUAGAAGCUGUGGAGUAUAUAUCUGGGCUGCGACUCGAGAAAACCGGCGCAGAGAAGAACCAACCUUUCAAGAUAGUCUGGUUACUGACCAGCGGCACAAACGUAAAAUUCAAUCUACAGUUCAGUGGCGGCAAUCUGCCCGUGGCGAAGGCAGACAUCGAGAAUAGACGCUGGGAGACUUCCCUCCAGAAAGCUCUUCCGCUGGGCGUGUACGACCUGAAGCUGACGGCGUCCAAUGAACUGAACUCUGCGCAGAUCGAGACCGAGUUCACGGUGCUGGUCGCAAUAACCGGUGUCAACGUCACGGCCACGACGCUGAGGAUCCUCCUCCACGGGUCGGUGACCUUCACGCUUGACAUGUUUGAAGGGUCAAAUGUGGAGGUCGUGUGGGACUAUGAUGACGGUAAGAACGACACGUUCAGUCUGGGAGCUAACGACUGGAGAGGUCACGGCCCCGAGACGAGAAGACACGUGUUUGCGCUGGCCAAGAGACACAACGUGACGGUGACCGUACAGAACUACGCCAAAAGGAUCGUCAAAAGAUUUGUCGUGGUCGCCAUUCAGAAGGUCGACAACGUCACCAUGCACGCACCGGCGUUUGCGAUGUUCGUACCGCCUGGAAACGUCAACUACACCUUCACGACGCCCGAUCUUCAGCAUCCAAACGAGGCCACAGUAGACUUCCGUUUCGGAGAUCCUACCGACAAACGCAAUCACAGCCUUCCUCUAAAGAUGGAUAAACCGUAUAGGUAUGGGUACAGACACCGCACGGGUUACAACAUGACGGCAGUGAUAUGGAACGACUUCAGUCGAAAGUCUUUCUCCCAUUAUGUGAUGGUGAUCGAGCCCAUCCAGAGGAUGAGGGUCAAGACAAACCCUCCCAGCGCCAUCAUCAGGGAGCCUCUCAAGGUGAAGGUCAUCAUGUACCGAGGUCCAUCCGCACCGGACUGUUCGCUCACGAUCGACUUCGGUGACGGGUCACCCGUCAGGAUCAUUCCACGGAAAGGUCAAGGUCAGGACGGAGAAGACAUGGUGAAUGUCACGUAUAAUGACCUUUCCAGUCGAGUGAUUACCGUGACGGCUCGGACCCCAGUGGAAAACGUCACUGUCACGUACAAGGUGGAUGUGGAACGGAAAGUCUUCGACAUGAUCCAAAUUAAGAGCAACCAUCCAGUGAAACACGGAGAUCCUGUUGAAUUCUAUAUAACAUAUCCCAACAAACCUCUUCCGACGAAUGCCUUUAUCGUCUUUGAUUAUGGUGAUGGGAGUCCACCCAAGCGGACGCCAUUUGAUUUCCCCGAGGGACCGGGCGGAACAAAAACUUACAAAUACAGGCCGAAAUCACCUGGACAUUGGUCAAUGAAAAUUAAGAUAUUCAACAACGCAUCGUCUGUGGAAAGAACGUUAGAAGUGGGGAGUUACGAACAGUUCGAGAACCUUGACUUCACCCCAACCUAUACGGCCUCCCUGCCUGUGGACGGUCCUCUAAGGGAUGGCCUGGAAGGAAAGAACUUCAAGUUCCCCAGAGACCGCGACUUAAUCCUUAACAUGACAAUGGCAAAAGGAACGCCGCUUGUGUUUGACUUGGAGGCCACUGGACCAGGUGACACAGUGAAGUGUCAUGACACAAAGAAUCCCUUGAGGUGUUCCUUUAAUGUACCUGGUGCAAAGGCUGGAGAGUACAACGUGCGGGUGCGAGCCCAGAAUGACCUGUAUAACGACACAACCGAGAAGAAGAUCACGUUCCUGGACAGCGUGUACAAGCUGAGUCUGCUCGACCUGACCCCUAAGACCCAGGCCGAGGACGUGAAGACGCUGGAGGUCAGCUUCAACAUGACGGGCACCGAGUCCUGCCUCUACAUCGACUUCGACGACGGCCGUACCCAGGCCACAUACGCCUCCACCCAGGGUCACUGCUCCGUGUCGCGCUUCGAGGACGCCCAGUACAUGGGGCCCUUAGAGCAGAGUUUCCGCGUCAACUACACGUACGUAGAGAGCAACUACUACGAGGUGAAGGCGCUGGCCGUAAACGCCAUCUCCAACGACAGCACCUCCGUGUCCUUCUCCAUCAGCGAGAUGGACUGCAGCAAGCCCAGGGUCCGCAUCCACAAGCGCUCCAUCUACUUCUACGCGCCCACCAUCUUCAGGAGAGGCUCCAUCAUCACCAUGAACGCCAAGACCAACAUCUCGUGCGCGGUCACCUUCGACAACAGCAAGCACUGGGAGAUGGAGAUCAUAGACCCAAACUGGGGGAUAACUGUGGGCAAGGUGGAUUUCAAGAAGCUGGGCAUCAAGACCAACCUGGCUGAGAUCAUCAUUCCACCGAGGACGCUGAAGUACGGCAUCUACAAGGCGGUGUACAGUGUGGAGAUGGCGACGAAAACAGACGAGGGGGUGCGCUUCCCCUCCUCCAGCUUCUCCUUCCUCAAAGUGAUUAAGAGCGACCUCGUGGGAAUGGUUGAGAAGGGCGGGGUGAGCGAGAUCACCAGGAGCUAUGGUCAGACGGUUGUUCUCAAUCCAGGAAAAUACUCCUAUGAUCCAGACCUGGAGCCAGGAGAGAAUCAGAAGUUCACGAGUUUCGUCUGGGUCUGCAGGGAUCUGCUGGAGCCCGCCCUGCAGUGUCCCAACAUCCUGCCGCAGUUCUCCGCCGCCUCCAUCACCUUCAGCACCACCCUCAUGAAGGAGACGGGCAAAUACGAGAUCAGCGUCACCAUUUACAAGGGCAGCCGCCACGCCAUCGCCAAACUCAUCCUGCACAUCGUUCCCGCACCCGCGUCAGGAGCUAUUCCGUCAGUUACAAUAGAAUGUUCAGGCAGUACUAAAUGUGUCCAGCUGACUGAAGGGAAGUUGGUGUCUGCGACUGCGCGACUCGGUCUGAAAUGCGUUUGCACGGACUGUAACAGUACAGAACACUUGGACUAUCAGUGGACCGGCGCGUCCUAUGAUUACUCGUGGCCAUGGAAACCGUUCAUAGACGAGGACUUUAAGAAAUAUUCUCAUGGCCUGACAGGGAAUCAGAUAUCAGCCAACAGUAAGAUCUACACCAUAGAGAGUGACGUCCAACAGUACCGCUUUGGUUGUAAGAUCACGCGGCGGGGCGACACCCAGGGCGGGCAGGCCUACGUCAAGGUGACGCUCAACAGCCCACCCGUUCCCGGCUCUUGCACCGUCUCCCCGCUGAACGGCACCGCGUCGUGGGGCCACGACUCCAACUUCUGCAUCUCGUGCUCCAAGUGGAUUGAUGACAAUCUGAUCGUCGAAUACAAAUUCUACACAAAGAAGACGUUUCAGGUGUACCCUAUCUCUACCAGUGAGAUUAUUAAUGACGGGAGGCUAGACACUGUCCAGGUGUACCCUAUCUCUAGUUGUGACUUGGGUUAUAGUCAGAGACAGUCUCAGGGUGUACCCUAUCUCUACCAUGAGAUUCGCCAGAGGACGGUGCACGAUCUGAAGGAGACGAAUACCAAGCUGGAUCUGCUCAUCGCUGAGGGAGACCAGAAAACAAUCACCGAGAAACUCACUGAACUCGGCUCGAUGCUCAACUUCGACCAUCAGCAGAGUACGCUAGAAUAUUCUGGCCUAUCAACUGCUGCCAACGAAGAGUUCUCUUUGUUUGGGAUUGAUGGAAAAAGCACGUUUGGGGACUACUCGAAGUCGAAGACUGGAAAUAAUUCUGAACUUCUGAAGAAAGCCAGCAUUGAAAGAGACAACCGAGCCAAGCUUCGAACUAAGGCGGUGAAGGGCUGUGCCGGUGUUGCCACGGCAGACGUUGCCGCCAUAGAGCAAGUGAGCACGUGUCUCUCCACCAACAGCCUGUCAGCCAGCGAAUGUUCAAGAGAAUGUCAGGUAGAACUCUAA